AUGGAUUGGAUUGGUGGAUUGGAUGAUGCCUGCUAUCUUGUGCAAUUAUCAAAUGAGCAGGAUUACUUCAAGGCGCUCACCGAUGGACCAUGGGUUAUCUACGAUCACUAUCUUGCAGUGCAACAAUGGACUCCCAACUUUGGGAUACUCGACCCUUUGCCAAAAACCAUGAUCGUUUGGAUUCAACUUCCAGCCCUCAAAGUUCAUUUCUAUCAUCGCGAGGUUCUCAUGUCGUUGGGAAAUCUUGUUGGCCGUACAAUCAAACUCGAUUACCACACAAUCAAUCGGCAACGAAGGAAGUUCGCUAGGUUGGCGGUUGAGAUUGACAUGUCCAAACCCCUGGUUCCUCGGAUCUUCCUGGAUGACCACUGGCAGAAAGUGGUGUAUGAAAACCUCCCGAUGGUGUGCUUUGAAUGCGGAAAAGUCGGCCACAAUUCUGGUAGCUGCUCAAAUCUUCAACAGGCAACGACCGGCGGGCAACUGACCAUCGUCGGCGACCAGGCACCGGCCACGCAGGCGACCGUUGGGGAAGUGGAUCAGCCGGGAUUUGGGCCCUGGAUGUUAGUUUCCAAAAAGAGUCGCCGCUCCUCUAGGGAUCCUGCGAAGAAAGGAAAGUUUGAGCAGGAUCUGGGUAACGGGAGUCAAGGGCAGGCGAACAAAAACGGGAAAGGAGGAAAUAGAUUCAAAGACGGAGACUCUACCCCAUCCGCUACCACGAUGACGAAGAUUCCGGUGAAUCAGCGUCCACAAGAGCUGGAAAGGAAAGGGAAUUCAAUUGAAAAGGAAGGGGAGAUCUUCGUGGGCAGAGACAAUUCUAAAGGAAAGGAAAUUAUGCGGGAGGAAAAGGAACUGGGUAAAGGCGUUUUGGGUUCCGGCCCAGGCCAGCGGGAAAGUGUGAAAACUGGGCCUCGGUCCAAGUCUGAGCUGAACAAGGCCUCCACUUCAGCCCAUAGUUCUGCUUCUCCCACUGAGCGCCUUAAUCAAUCAGCUUCUGAAGGCCUGGUUACGGAAUCUGGGCCCAUGAUGGCCAAAAGAUCCGUGCCUGCAAACCAACCACCGGUCCAACUUGUGGUCGGUUCAAAUGGAACCAAGAUGCAAAUUGUUUCCGUCCCCUCGUCUCCAAAGAAGAACCGGCAGGCGGAUUCCAGGUCCAUGACGGCGGCGGAAAGAACGAAACCCAACAAAACCUAUCGGCGGCAAUCCAAGAAGGGGGCUACUCCGGUGAAACUCCAGGCUUCGAAGGCUCUUCAGAUUUGGUCCCCUGUGAAGGACAAGAAAGCCAAAUCUAGAGCUCGAUUGGCGAGUCUUACGCUGCAGGAGAUCAACGCCUGGACCGGGGCGGCGGCGCAAACUGAACGAAGCUUCGAACAGGGAGGGAGUCGGCCAACUCAAGUGGACCAGCCUGCCGCCGCGGGUGAAGCGGCCAAUGCUAACUAG